GGUCAUGCAGCCGUUCAGGCUGCCUGAAGAUUAGGAAACUGUUCAAACAUCAGAUCGCCGGCAGGCGUCUCAGUCCGGGCCUGUGCAAGGAGCACGCUGGGAGCGCUUUGGUGUCCUAGCUGAGGGCGAGAUUGGGAACCAGGAAAGCCACCCGCGCGUGCGGCAGCGGGUGCCAGGCUGGCUGAAAGACCCUUCAGCUGCGAUCGUGCCCCCGUGGUGGGACGUGUGCACUAGGCUCUAGGUACGGGCAGGACACGUGCUCUGGGCCCCCCGGGUCCUCUCGUGCCCAACCGCAACCACGGAAUCCUCUCCAGAGUUCUAGAGAGACGUUAGCGCCGGGCAGGGGCUUUGCUAAUUGCAGGAAGUGAACACGAGGAAGAAGUGGCAGAGAUCAAGAAGAGGAGGGGAGGAGGAGCAGCAGCCCGACUGCAGAGCUGUAGAGUCGCGCACUGCCACAGCGGAGGUUGAAGCUCGGCGAUCCUCCUGUUCUCUGGGGUCCCAGAGGCUGCUCAGCCCCGCUCAGCUCAGACACUCGUCUGUCCUCUCCCGGUCUUCAUGGCUUCUCCGGAUGACCCUCUGCGCUCAGAUCACAUGGCCAAGGAGCCAGUGGAGGACACAGACCCCAGCACUUUAUCCUUCGCCAUGUCAGACAAGUAUCCCAUUCAAGACACCGGCCUCCCUAAAGCCAAGGAGUGUGAUUCAGUCGUUUCCAACUGUCCACCAAAUUCUGAUGAUCAACAUCAGGAAGAAGAAAAUGACUUUCCAGACAGCACUGGAGAUCCCCUUUCAGGUGUCAGCAGAAACCGGCCAUGCAAGGAAGGCUGCUCGUGCCCCUCCUGUUCACCCCGGGUCCCCACCAUCAGCGACUUGCUCAAUGAUCAGGACUUGCUGGAUGUGAUCAGGAUAAAGCUGGAUCCGUGCCACCCGACCGUGAAGAACUGGAGGAAUUUUGCCAGCAAGUGGGGCAUGCCCUAUGAUGAACUGUGCUUCCUGGAACAGAGGCCCCAGAGCCCCACGCUGGAGUUCUUGUUCCGAAACAGCCAGAGGACUGUGGUCCAGCUGAUGGAGCUCUGCCGACUUUACCACAGGGCUGACGUGGAGAAGAUCCUGCGCAGGUGGGUGGAUGAGGAGUGGCCCCACCGGGGACCCUCGGACAGUUCCAUGCACUUCUAGGAUCCC